AUGUUUGCAUCAUUAAAUGGUCAUCUUGAAGUCGUUAAAUAUCUUAUUUCUGUUGGAGCUUACAAAGAAGUAAAGGCAAAAGACGGAUCUACUCCACUCAUUUGUGCAUCAGAAGCAGGUCAUCUUGAAGUUGUUAAAUAUCUUAUCUCAGUUGGAGCUGAUAAAGAUGCAAAGACAAAUGAUGGAAAGACUCCGCUCUCAUUUGCGAAAAAUGAAGUAAGAGAUUAUCUAUUAUCUAUUGGAGCCAAGUAA